CUCUAGCUGCCGACCCUCAGUGUCAGUACUUGUUGAAAGGCGGCAGUGUGAGCACGCGUUCACUCCUCGCUCUCACACGCGCAUUGCCAGACACUCGUGGCAGGAGACCUCGUAUCCAAUACUUCCCUGACUUCAUAUUGUCGCUCGGAACUCUGGUGCUCGCGAGUGGAACUUGUGACACCUUGCUGGAGUGAUUUAUUCCCCUAAUGGGACUAUAACAACUGUUGCAACAACAGGACUACUGUUACUACGACUGUUUUAGUGCCUGUGUCCUUCCUUAUAUUGCAGUGACAUAUCCCCCCCAAAAAAAGGAAGAAGUAAGCGGAAAAUAUAAAAGGAGGGAUUUCGAUGAGUGUUUACCACCUCCCACUGUUGAAAUGGCAUCGCAGAAGCUAAGGAUGAUGAAAAGAAGUGUGGUUCUGCUUGUACUGGCUGUGCUAGCAGCUAGCCAGAGGGUUCUAGCACACCCAGAGGACCUGAGACUCGUGGACAACGGCUAUGAAGGUCUCGUUGUAGCUAUUACCGAUUACGUUCCCCAAGAACACUGCAACCACGUCAUCCAUGGACUUAAGAGUGUCUUGACGGAGUUCUCUGGUGUGUUGUGGGCGUCUACAGGAGGUCGGGCGUCACUGCGGGAGGUGACAGUGGCGUUGCCACGCUCCUGGAGGACCGACGCCCUCACCUGCUCUCUCCUGACGCCUCUCACCACGGCCACAGUUCCCACCGAUGCCCACAUCCGCGUUACGUCCGCCCACCCGGUGUUCGGGUCUCGCCCCUGGGCGCAGCAGAGCCAGGGGUGUGGGCGGCAGGGUGACUACAUCCAGCUGGGCGGCGACCUGCUGAGAGCCACCACUAACGACACCUAUGUCCACGCCGCCCGCCUCUUGCUUGCAGAAUGGGUCAAGUUCCGGUGGGGGGUGUUUGAGGAGCGCGGUUACCCCAACGACCCGCUCUACCCACCCACCUUCCGCGACCCCAAGACGAAUGUUCCGCGGCCCAACACCUGCUCCACGCACAAGAUCACGCCCGCGCCUUUCUGCACCACCGCCGCCCACACGCCCGAGGCGCCCACGAAGCACAAUGCUCAGUGUAACGGCCGACCCGCCUGGGAUAUCAUCCUUCAGUCUCAAGAUUUUAUCGAUGGAAGGAAUGCUCCUACCAACGCCACCGCGCCGCUGCUGCCGUCUGUACGGUAUGUGCAAGAAAGCGCUGCGCGCAUUGUCCUCGUAGUAGAGGACACUGCCGUCAUGAAUCUACAGAGGAGAUGGGAGUUCGUACGCAAAGCCGUGAGACGCGUGGUAGUGUACGACGUGCCUGACGGUGACCACGUCGCUCUGGUGGUGUUUAACUCUGUUGCCAACACCGCUGCUCCCCUGUCGAAGAUGGACUCUUUGUCAGACGUGCGCCAGCGUGUGGGAUCGUCUCUGCCGCGUAAUCCGUCUCCCGUUCCAGAGAGUAACAAGUGUGUCUUGUGCGGCCUGCAGGAGGCUCUUAGAGCCCUGGACGCUGAUAGUGCCGGAGCCGCUGGUGCCACAAUAAUCCUCGUGACUACAGGCAAGGGCGCGGCACACCAGCGAGAGGUAGACGAGAUGUCUCGUCUAGCCACUAGCCGUGGCGUGAGAAUAGACACGGUAAUCUAUCCACUGACAGAGCGACGCGGGGGAGGAGGCACGGCCACUGAUGGUCUCCAGUCCUUAGUGGCCGCCACGCGAGGCUCUUCCUUCACCGUCAUGGACGAGGGCGUCGGCAACGACUCAAAAGUCAGCAUGAUGGUUGCCCUGAUGGAUGCUCUUCUGGCGGCCGUGCGCCGUAGCGAGCCUCCUGCAGCUCCAGGAGCUCCAGUCAUUAUUCACAGUGCCGCCUACCCAGGAGGUAUCGCCUCCAUGGCCGUGGGAUCUUUCUUCCUGGACGACUCUCUCGGUCCAAACGCCCGGUUCUCCAUAUAUUACUACGACUUGAAUCACGUGGGCAACACCGUGCAGCUGACAGCUCCUUCAGGAGAGACCAUCAUCUCUGGCAACAUGCAGGAAGAAGAUGGUGACGCUAAUGUAAUUUUCAUCAACAUUCCCAACGCAGAAAGAGGCCAAUGGCAGUACCGUGUAGAGAACCGCGCGGAUUCCCACCAGGGACUGCACAUCCAGGUGACGGCCAAAGAGAGUAGCAUACGCAAGAUCAGCCUGAGGCUCUGGACCAACACCCCAAACAGUGCCAUCAACGCCACAGACCCUUCACUACCCGUUAUUAUCUACGCCGAAGUAAAGGAUGGCGAGGUGCCAGUCAUCAAUGCCAGGGUAACAGCCAAACUACAGCGCUUGGGAACCAAUACCACCGGAAGCAACUAUGACUCCAUCUUGGUUGACCUCUUCGACAAUGGUUUUGGAGACCCAGAUAUAACCGGAGGUGACGGGGUGUACUCACGUUACCUACCAACACUGCAGGGAGGACCUGGCCACUACCAGCUGGGCGUCUCCAUCGACCACAACAGCGGCUUGGCCUUGGCCCCUAUCAAUGACGCCUUCACCCGUCAUGGACGAAUGUACGCAGACCGCGACAAGCAGACGUGCUGCGGGAGUGUCAUCAAGUACGAGCACGUGAAGCCUGUGCCACCAUUCCAGCGGUCCGUCAUCUAUGGUGUGCUGGACGUGGUCUCCCCGCCCCCAACGAAUGACAUCGUCCCGCCCACCCGUAUCCUAGACCUCCGUUCUUUCGUGAACCUCACCACCCGUGAAGUAUCUUUGCGGUGGACUGCCCCAGGGGACGAUUACGACUGGGACCGGGCUCAUCACUAUGAAGCUGUGUUGGCCAGCUCUUGGGCCGAGGCUAAGGCUUUCGACGGAGAACGGAUUAGCGGAAUGCCCGUACCGGUGCUUGUCGGUACGGAACAAGCUGUGGCGAUCCAAGUGGACCGCUAUGACCAGAUGGUCUACGUCGCUAUCCGUGCUGUUGACGAGGCUGGCAACCGCGGAGGUGUGAGCAACAUUGCGUCGCUGUGGGUGCCGCAGCCGCCCACAACGCCGCCCAUGGUGACAAGUCCCCACACACUGGAGCCAACGAGUGACCUGACAGAGCCGCUGGGCCGCGGGGUUACACAACCCGUCAGAGUUGCUGGGAUCAACCUGGAGGACAUGGCUGUCAUCAUCGGCUCAGUGGGAGGCUUCCUCAUAAUAGUAGCUGUUCUUGCUACUUUCUGCUACUGCCACGUGGCCCGUAGACGGCGCCACCAGCACAAGAACGAAACUGAGAAGCUGGAGGCCAACCGCAGUGUCAUGAUAAAGACCAACUCUACCCUCAUGGUGGACCAAGACGAAAGUCACGACUCAGUAGACAGCGCCAUUAAGGACGGGGAAGUUGCAGUUGCUAAAGAUGGCAGGCCGCUGUCACCAAUACAGUCAUGGGGAGUGUCCAAACUCCUGCAGGAGCACGAGCGUCGGGUCUCCAUGACGAGCGGACCCUUAUUGGAGGCCUCCGGUUCCCUGGCACACUACCAGAACAUGCAGGAGCCCUUCCCUGACGUGACACUCACCGGCACUCACUCCUACCCCAGCUCACAGACGCCCUCCACCACACACUCUGACCCGCCAGCCUACCAGCCUCCCUACACCACCGACGCCUAUGCCCCUUACCCCUACCCAUACCACCCUGGCUACAGCCACGAGGAACUCCCCCCUUACACCCCAGGCCUAUCUUCACAGUCGUCCCAGGCCUCUACGGCCUACACUCACGAGAUUCCCACACAGCCCUCAGAAAUGUCCUACCCUGUCGACCCUGCCAACUACCCAGCAGAAAUGCCGUCCUUCGUUGGUGAGAUCACAUACAGCCAAGCUCAGCCCCCAAUGUACGCACCUUGUCCAGAGGAGGUCAUCGUUAAUAGCCAGGCCCCUGUGCGUUCCAAGGUCCCUCCGCCAGUAGCGCCCAAACCGCCCCUGGCCGCCCGCGCAGCCGCCGUCGCCGCUACAGUUUCCUCAACAACGGCGUCAGUGGAGCCGAAGCGACGUAACGUGACUCAAGUGUGAGGUGCUCCCCCUGACCCCCAUCCCCAUCCCUCCCAGCAACAGCCACAAGAACGCUUUAAGUGUCAAUAUCAUUGUUGUCAUCUGCUUUUUUCACCUCCCGCUUCCUCCCUGCCCAUCCCCUCCUCCUCCCUCUCUUCUCCCGAAUCUCUUUUUGUAUGGAGUUUUUUCAUCGUAUGAUAAGACUUGUUGUAUAUGUAAAAUACGUGUCCAGUGUAUGGAAAAAAAACAAUUGUAUGUUGUACAGAAUGUUGUUGAUUGUAAGCUUUGCUCACAUCUAGUCAUAAUUGUAUAGAAUUUAGGACCACUCGGUAGGUCCCCUCCGGCAGGUGCUGAAGUGGGGUCUCCUGAGAACCUCAAGAACAGCGAACAAUGUGGUGCCCUCUCGGCCUCCACCACUGUACUGAUCUCACUAUAUCUUGUAUGUCUGUGAUACAAUUCGUAAAAUAAAGACAAUCAUUGAUGGA